AUGAAGAUUUUUUAUUGGAAGAUUUUUCUACCGACAAUUCUACAGUUAACUACAGCGCUUGAAAUCAACGACGAAAAGAACCCAAGCGGCACGAUUGAGUUUUCGACCGAUGAGUCGAUUCAAUUUUCGUCACUGUCAGGCGCUUCCUCGGUCGAGCUGGUGACGAGUUUCCCAAGAGGAUGUGGAAGAAAAGACAUCGACUUCCUCCAACUCAAAGUGAAAGAACAUCAAUCCAAUGGCGAGGAGCGCGUUUAUAAAGGUUGUUCUGGCAGCGAUUUUCCCCCCUCGAUAAAGCUCCCAGUCACCGUCCUUAUCAGUUCUUCAAACUGGACAUCUUCGGCCGCCACAAUGUCAUAUUUCUUCUCCUCCCGCUCUCCCCCUGGCCCUCGUCUUAUCGGCUGCUCCGUUUCCUUUUCAUCCCUUUCUUCGAAGAUUCUUCAAAUCGAAUCGAAAAAUAGCCGAGCUUUUUCGGUGCUUUGCCCUGCGGGCUGUGCUGGAACCGACGGGGGCGUUUUUGGCGAUUCGAAGAUGGGUUUUGACUCGAAAUCGUCAAUUUGCCGCAGUGGAAUUCACGCUGGAGAGAUUUCCGACAGAUUUGGCGGAAUUCUAGAGCUGCGAAAAGUCCCCGCGGGAAGUGAUGACGUCAUCAUUAUUCCCGGAUCGACUCUAAAUUCGAUCAAAAGUCUUCAAACCAAGAAUUCAAAGACGAAUUUCAUCCCGAUUGGUUUUUUGAAAGAACCGAGCAAAUGUGGCAACAAAAAUAUUCUCAAAGUCGAUUUGGAGAAAAUCAAGACGAGUAGCUUUUUAAAGGCGUUUUUGGACAAGUCGGAUCCGGAAAUGACGCCAGUCGAGACAGUCUUGAACUGGAAGGGAGAAAAUGCUUUUUCCAAUGGGGCUUUUCCCUGGGCGCCGGCGAUUGAGGAUAGAAAACCGUGGAUUCAGGUCGACUUCAAUGGCCUCAUGCGGCUCGAGCGAAUUGAAACCAAGGGCUCAGAUCUAAAGCCUUUCCCCUGGAGCGCUUCGAAAUUUGAAAUUCAAAUUUACAAAGAUGGGGAGUGGACGAGUCUUGAAGAGUCUUUCUCCGCUGAUAUUGCUUCUUCAAGCCAUACUUUCAUGACCCCCCUCCUCGCCGAAAAAAUCCGACUCUAUCCCGAAGCAGCAGUUGAUUCGCCCGUUCCCGCCAUGAACAUCCUCUUCUACGGCUGCGAAGCUCCCCUCCCUCCUCACGACAACUCGGCAGUGCUCAUUGCCGUGAUCAUUGCUCUCGCUGGAGUCGCCUUGAUUCUAGCGCUCGUUUCCCUGCUGCUCAUAAGAAGGACGAAGUCGAAAGAAGCGAAGUUUUCAAAAACAGUUUUUCGGGCGCCGAAUAUUUAUACUCAGAAUCCAAUGGAUACUAUUCAGAACAUGAAAUAUGUCUCCUACACGCAGCCCAAUUUCAACCCUCCUCCUCUUGGGGCUCCUCAAAAUCACCCCGGCCGAAUGUUCAACCCUCCCUACUCCGAAGAGCAAAAUUACAAUAUCCCCUUCAUCCACCACGCCCGAAAAAUGACGACUCUACCUCCCGCCCCAGCGCCGUUUUCGCACGAAUAUUCGGACCUGGAAACUUUGCCGAUCAAAAAACAGCUUCACCAAAAUUUAAAAGACAGCUCUUAUGAUGAUCACACUUAUUCGACUCUUGGUUGA